AUGUCGGUUACAGUGAACGCUGUUCGUGAGUCUGCAGAGGCUGUCAGCCUAACUAUACUCUCAUGUGAGCCCGCGCAGCAGAAAAUAGCCGUCAGGUUCGGUGGCUCACAUGGUGGUUGGCGUUGGAUCGAUGUUCCCACAAACACACCUGUUAUAUUAGAGCGCAUGCGUCCGGAGGCAGGGGCAGAAAGCAGUGAGGGCCCUACCAGUAAUGGUGCUGCAAUGGAGGGGUGUGAGGAAUAUGAAUUAGCCGUCACACCGUCUCCCCCUGUGGAUGGGCGCGAUGAGAGUGUUUGCUCGUUGGUCGGAGUCGAUACCCGUCAAGUGGUUCAAAAGCCCGUUUUAUUGAGUGGUGCAGAUGAAGGAGGUCGUGUUUUUGAGCUUUUGUUGAAAUGGACCCUGUUGGAUGCAACUCCCACACCGCGGGAGUCAACACCCGAUAAAGCACCUGAAGAUCACUCGGGCACGGAAACGGAAACACGGAAUGAAGAGGAAGUAAUUGUGGAUACUGCGAAUAAAGACGAUGAGAAGGGUGAGGAAGCACCCCCGCCUCCUCCAAUCGUUGCUCAACCCGACGAAAGUAAGGAGAAGGAAAUAUCCGAGAAUCCCAGUGGUCACGAUUCCCCCAAAGACAAAAGAGUUGAGCGACACGUUAACCCUGUGAAAGAAUUGGAGGAGCCCAAACAGCAAGAGGCAGAGCGAGAGCCGCAACAAGAGCAAGCCCCACAACCUCGGUGCAACCAGAGUGAGUGGAAAUGGAAAAGCAGCGUGAUUCCAACACUCCCCGCGGAUGUUUCGGCGGCACGCCACGUGCUCAUUGCCACAAUCGUAUCAGUACAGCAACCCGCAGUGUUACCGAAUCGGCAUGUAGUGGUAAAGCUAGGUAUUGAGGCGCCCAAUGAGCGCAUGUCCCUUUUGCCGCUGUUGCGAACAAGGGCGGUUACACAGUAUGAUGCAGUAAAGGUUGCACAGAUGGGGCCACCGGUGCUGUUUCCACUCUCAGAAAAUGUUUCCGUUUAUUGCGCCGUAGCGGAUAAACGUGCAGAUCAUCCGAGUGAUAGUGGUGGGAUUGGGAGAAGGGUGUAUCGCAGAGGCAGGCCCGCACCCACCAAAUCACCCGGCAGAUCGCUUGCAAGGAUCCCAAAGGCCGAGUUGGAUAAACACGCCGCGGAGAAGGCUUCCAAACCACACACGGCGACCUCGGGUGAAUGUACUUUUUCCUUGCCCCAACGAAUUGAGGGCACAGGCAACAGUGACAAUGCCGGUGGUGGAAGGAAUGGAGGUGCCAGUGUGUUUCAUUGGGAGAAGCAUUCCCACAUGGAGCAUGCGUACAUUGCCCACGGUACAGUACAAUGCGGAAACAACGAGGUAGAACUGGCCUUCCUCCGAAUGACAGUCGGGGCGUACCGCGACGCGUGUCGAGGGCACGGUGCCGCCAGACGGAAUGGAUUUGGCACCGUCGAGGUUCGCGUGGAAGACAUUGAAUUAAACGAAACAACCGAAAAACAGCGGCCAGAGCAUGAUAACACCCUGGUGGAAGUUUGGCUGACACAACCGGAAGUGGAUGCCGUUAGCGGUACCCAUAGUGACAGGACCGGCGCAGCCGCUGCGGCAUCCACUUCCACAAAAAACAGCUCGGGGUGCCGCCAUCUGGUGCUCCUAAGUAGCAGUAAUUGCAUUCAGCCGCUGCAUUUUCCUGUGAGCGAACCCUUCGCAUAUCUUUCUUGGGCAGUGGUACCAGCACAACAGAAACAAGGUGUUCAGGAAAAUGUACUUCAUGGCGCUGCGCCCAUAUGUCUCGUGCGGCCGGGUGUUUGGACACCAAUCACAAUAAAACUUAGAGACAGGAAUAAAUCCGCCUCCUUUAUUAAACUUUGGUACUGCUUCACUAGCGACGGUCGCAGCGGGAUGGACGACCCCAGUCGGCCAUAUCAUCCAGCUUCAAAGAGCACUGAUGAUGGCAAUUGUUAUUCACUUCGAGUUUACUUAGACAGUUGCACCAACCUCUACCCCCUAGUGCAACUAUACUCUCGUGAUGGUAAUGCGAAGGCAUUCCGCCUCUUGAUCAUGGACCCAGAGGACGAGGUAGCCGUAUCCGCCUCUCGUCCUAUGGACUUGAAUGACAUGCAGCUCUACUGUAACUACAAAGGGGGAGAAGACAGGACACCCCCCGCCAUUAAGCUUCUGUUUACGCGAGUAUUCCCCUCGCAUGCUCUGUACCGUUCCAGUGACUAUACAGUAUCGAAUACUGGCGAGCAAGCAGGCACUUGCAGCGUUACGUUUUUAUGCCGAUUGUUUGCAUUUGCCUCAGUUGCCGAAGCUCACGCAAUGAACAACGCCCACUGCAUAGGCGAGGGACGUGUAGUUGUCUUCCCUGGCAAUGUGGUCAAUGGCAAAGACGGAACAAACCUGGACAUUGAUGUGCACGUGGCCGUUGAUGGCAUGUUUACCCCGGGUCCCGUUGCCGUGAAACCGACCGCGGUUACGUCCCCGCCACCAUGCACUGUGCUUAGAAUGCGCGGAGAAGUGGAACGGGCACCUUGCGGGGAGGGAGAUGCAGUGAUAUGCGUACGCUCCGUUCAGCUUUUCCAUCGGCAGCAGCAACAAAAAAGACGCGGUCGAGUGGUGUGGACCGAUGGGGGUUUGUCUGCAGUGUACGCGUGCUUCUGGCUCUGCCGUGGACUAAGUGGUGGUGGCGUGAAGGAGUGGAAAGAAGCACUUAAGGGUUGUCAAGUGUUAACGCUCACACCUAAGCAACAGAGGCAUCACCACCACCAGCAGCAGCAGGAGGUGUCGUUGCAGUGUAACGAAUUCGUCCUUUCUACAGGUGGAGAGAAGCUUGUGUUGUGCGCUGUUUUCAUUCCUAAAACGACGGAAACUGUUGACGACGAGGCCAAGGUGCGUAACACCGCCUCUAACUUGCUGAGGAAGCUGGUGCGCAAAGUGAACAAAAAGAAACAGGAAAGCGAGUCCGGUUUACGUCAUGUGCAGGGAACCAUGAGGGCCCUGAAUUACUUAGAAGUUGACCUAACGCUGUCCGCAGCUGCACAAGGUGCCGUUGUGGGAACCGCGCAUAUCAACGACGAACUAUUGCUACAACUAAAAGCGGCGUGGGUCAAAGUACCAUCAGGUGUCGGCGCUGCAACUGUCCCCCGUGGGUCCGCAACCCAACCGGUAGAUCAGCCUUCACCACAUUUAUGGGCGCUUCGCCUGACAUUCCCCACGCAACCCGCCCGGUCCCAUGUGAACGUACAUGUCAAAUCCUGGCCUGUUGCAUAUGACGACCUUUCACAUGAGCAACAGCAAACAUUCAAUUCAAACCUGGUCAAGGCACAUAGAGGCGGUGGUGCCGCAACUAAAGUGGACUCGACCAUGUCAAGUGCCUUUUAUAUUGUGCGCCCACUUCGUUUAGAGCCAGCAGAGGGGGAAUGGACAUUGUUCAUCUUCGGUGACGCCUGCACCACACGCACUCGAUUAGCUGCCUCCGUAGGGGAAACGGUGCUAGAGCAUGUUGUAGUAGACUAUCUUCUCCCUCAGUCCUUGUCGCUUGCCAAAGGUGUUAUCGUUGACUGUUUUCAUGGCUCUCUCCAUGCGGAUGAGGCAGGUGAACUGAAACGAAGAGCUGAGGGUGAGCAACGGUGGCGCCGAAAGUUGAGGGAGGACCCAAGCAUACAACAGCCAUGUCAACUAUUUGUGCCCUUCACCUCACUAGCGAUAUCAGCUGACGGUAGUGACCCAGUCACCUUGCGUUAUCACACGCUAACGCGCUGCACAGAUGAUGGAGCGUUGCUCAUCGGUGCCGCCACGUCUAAUGGGAAAGGCGCCAUAUUUCAUUAUAAUAUCAACGAGAACACAUGGUCUGUCCUCCCCAUUCGUGCUCCCCAAGAUGGCAAAGACAAAAAGCGCCGUGAGCAAGGCAAGAGGGACAACAACGGAGCUGAAGACGCAGAUAAUUCUCAGCAGGCUAGCCAUUUUUCCACGCGAUGCAUUACAAGCCGUCAUGGUCACACAACAGUUUGCUCUUCAACAGAAAAGUGUGCCUACGUCUAUGGCGGGAUCGGCAUCGGUGGAACAGAUCCAGAGGCAGCAACAGCAGCGGUGGCCGAAAGCAACAGAAGUGACAAGAGUGCUGCACUUAGCCCAAAACUAGGCUCCACCUCCAGCCCUAAGUGGCCUGUAGGGUUUAUGCGUGAUAUCUGGUGCAUUAACUAUGCUGAAGGAACAGCAACUUGUCUGUGCAGUGGCGAGAACCAAACGGUGUCUGCUCCAAUCUCUCGGUGGCGGCACGCAGCGGCAUUUCACAACGACAGCGUAAUCAUCAUUGGGGGUAGAACGGCUCCGGCUCUCCAACAAGAAGGUGCGAAGGAAACAAACGAAGAAAAGCUACUGACGGAGGAGGAAACCCAAAAGAAACAGGAAGACGGUCAAACCUUUUAUCAGUCUCACGGCGGUGAGGAGGAAGAUUUAUUGCUUCGUAGGGAUGGCUUAUGCAGCUGUUGCUCUCUCCUCGUAUUUGACUUGAAUCGUCGUGCGUGGGGCACACAAACAACUUCGGGCGCUACACCAGCACCAAGGUAUGGUCACGCCAGCGCUGUGCUCGGCACCUGCGUGUAUAUCUUCGGCGGUAUGACCCAACGAAACCACCUUCUGGACGAUUUGCACGAGCUCGAUAUUGCCACGAACACCUGGCGCCGUGUGGAAUACAACGGUGCUGUUGCACCACCACCUUCGCACCUCGCUGCCAUGGAAGCCAUAACGGUUUCUAAUACACCGUGUUUGGUACUUACCGUGGGCGCCGCAGGCAAUGGCGAAGAGCGUGAGGCUGGCGAUGCUGCGGAGCGCGGUGUAGACGCACUGAGGUUGUACCUGUUCUCGCACGCGUCGCAGUUUUGGCGUAGGCUUCGCUUCAAUUGCGCGCCGUUGCCUGCACCCGUGGGGGUUGCCAUGUGUGAUGCCACACCGGCUUCGAUGCGACAACAUGGCAGACGCCAGCAGCCGCUACGGCAUCGCUCCCUUCCCCUGAAUAAGGCAGUGUUGUUCAGAAUGUUGGUUGUUGGAGGGAUGAAAGCCGGCUCCCCGAACAAGGGCAGUGCGUACAUUGCUGAUUAUGGGCUGGAACGCGAGAGCACCAUUAGGCCCGUUGUGCCGACACUUCUUAAUGUUGCGCGGGACGUGAUUGCCGAGAGGCGCCAGGAUGAACGAAGAGAACCCCCGCACUCUGCGGAUCUCAGAAACAUAAAUCUAGAACGAUCACCAAUAAGAAAGGGAAUCGGCCAGCGUACAGCUUCAUCGCUAUGUACAACGCCGAGGGGGGCCCGCAGUGGCCGCAAACCCUACAAAAGUGGUCCUCUGAAGAUAGCUUACCGUUCCUCGUCGGCGGGACCACUCACGCAAGACCAACAGCGCGGUCUCAUACACCGUUUGUACUACAACCAGUGCCACGCCCAAGAGGAGCGUAAAAAGGGAGAGUUGCAGGAACAACCGCGAUCAGGAAAGAUGCCCAUCAGCGGACGAAAAUAUAAUCCGCACCCGCCCAUGCAGCGGAAGGCUUGGGGGGCGCCGGCGGCUCCUCGCGCCGACUGCAUGCGACCCCGCAAACCGGCAACAGCAGGGCCGUACCGCAACCAUAGGCACCUUGACUCAUCUGGCGAUACGCAAAUAAAACCCCAGAAUGACAGCAGAGGAGAGGAAUUAACUGCAACAGCGCCGCCGACGCCAGUUGUAGCAGCGGGGCGCCGGCUUAGCGAUCCAGAAAACUAA